CGUACACCCCUGCACAUAGCCUGCGAGGAAGGCUUUCCUGAGUGUGCUGAGAUAUUGUGCAAUGCUAAAGCGCAGGUUAAUUCAAUAGACUCUCUGGUUCGUACACCUCUCCACAUAGCCUGCAAGGAAGGCUUUCCUGAGUGUGCUGAGAUAUUGUGCAAUGCUAAAGCGCAGGUUAAUUUGAGAGACUAUGGCCAUGAUACUCCACUUGAUCUGGCAUUGCGAGGAAGGCAUACAGAGGUUGUGUCCAUCAUAAUGAAGUACAUCCGUACUCUGCUAAGCAAUCAAGAGGUUGUAGCUUUUCUCUGUGGUCGCGCAAGAAAAAUCUCAUGGAUAAGCUAUUCUAGUCAUUGGAUUCCUGUCAUGGAGACCAUUCUCGAUUGCAUUAGCAAUGUGUCCGUCAAGUUGUUGGAUAUGGAAGGCUGGGUUGGAGCAUUUUCCGCACUCAGUUAUGACUGUAUCCGACAACUCAUCAAGAUGGCGGCUCAACAGCACAAGCUUCGGGCGACAUUAGUACAAAUACUGGUCAAACGACGUAUGGAGAACUGCAAACGCAAGACACAUCUAGUGGUGCGUCUGCUUGGCCCCCCAGGCAGUGGAAAAACGUCACUACUCAAGUCGUUGCACAAGCGUCACACGUUCUACGACAGGUUGGUCUACUUCGUUUGGCGUGAUCAGGGGGACCGAAUCGAGAGUGCGCGAACCCGCGGAAUCGAGCGCUUUUACCACGAAGGCAUCGUUUUUCUCGAUCUAGGUGGCCAAUACCGAUAUAUGAGUAAUCACCAACGCCUGACAAAGUUUUCCACCGUCCCAGCAGUGAAUAUCAUCACUGUUUCCAGCGUGGAGACGAAGGUAUGUGUACGUCAUUCGGCUCGCCAGUGGUGUAACUUCAUAGCAUGCAGCUGUGAAGAUGGUGAGGAGAAAGGCAAUGGGGAAGGAGGGAGCGGCAAGACAGCCAACAAGGUGCUCAUGGUAGCUUCCCGGCGAGACAAAGCUGGAGAAUCGCAGCGUGAUGUAGUCAGCGCCGAAUGUGAGCUUCUGAAGGAUACAAUGGGCGAUCAUCUUCAGUUCAUGGACCAGCCUGUGAUCUUUGUCAAUGGUGUUGACGAGAAUUGCGAUGGUGUGGCAAAGGUGCGAGACAUCAUCGAGGAAAUGAAGAGAGAGGUGAAGGAACCAGAUACUCCCAUGUCCAUAGUCGAGUACUUCCUGGAAGAUAUCCGCCUUAAGUUCAAGGAUACACCUGCUGUCAGCCUGGAGGAAUUCACUACGGUACUAGCCAAUCUCAUCUUAGGUGAAAGGUUCGAAGCAGAAGAUUGGAAACUGGUGAACAGAAUGGUAGCCAUUGCAGUCGACCUGGAGCAAGAUCUCCAUGAUCUACACCAGAAAGCCGAGGUUUUCUUUUUCGCCCACGUGCAGCUUGUGGUGCUGGAACCAACCUGGCUGAUGAGUGACAUCUACAGCAAACUUUACACACCCACCUAUCAGCCAUCAUCGUUCAUCACUUGUAAUGAGUUUGGCUUUGCGAAGCGCAGCAAUGUCGAGCAGGUUCUGGGCAACUGUACCAACUCUACGGUAAAGUUACCCGGGGAUAAGGUGCUUGAGAUUGCUCAGCAGCUGGGAAUGUGUCAUCUAACGGAUCACGGCAAUGAGGUGAUGAUACUGCCGGCCCAGGCAGAGAGCCGCACAGCUGCCCACUGGCCAGUUGCCGAUGAGAAGAUUCACCGCCACUACAUGUACACCGGUCGCCGCCUGCACUGCAGAUCCGGGAUCGCCAUGAGUGCAGCCUUGAUGCCAGCCAUCCAGCACUCCAUCCUGACCGAGCUCUGUGAGAGCGGAGAUAGAUGCCCAGUUUGGCAAGGUGGCAUACGUGUCGUCAUGAAUCGCUAUCCACAGGUCGACACGCUGGUAGAGAUCCCCGCCGGACAGCUGGCACUCAACGUCGUGACACGUGGUUACGACAAGAAAGACGUCGCGUUCUUUCAGGAGAUGGUCUGGCAUCACAUCUUGAAGCUGCCACAGCAAUUGUCACCCGGCUCUAGAGUCGACAUGGUGUUUGAAGAUGAUGAGCAGCUAAGUAGCAGUGGGCAUCUUCGGAAGCUAGACCAGCAAGGAGAGCUCAAUGCCGCGAUGGCAUUUCUUGCUAGCGACCACAUCCGUGCCACGCAUCUCUUUCCUCCUGCUGCGAAGGAUGUUGGCGCUGAUCAACGUCGCAAAGACCCACGCUUGACACACGAGUAUGCUGGCUCAGCUGAUUGCCAGAAUGCCAGUACGAUUGAAGAACGUCGUCGAGCCUCUCGUCUUUGCUCUGCUCUCUAUCAGCACCGUAUCUUGCUUAACCAAGACUUCCCUCUGGUCGAGUGCUUGCGGAGGCUGAACCAGAGAGGAAAGUUGAAGGAAGCCUUCAAGGAUGACGUCGAUGAGAAGGUCAGGGAACAUCGCCCGAGUGAUGCCGCCGACAUGUUCCGCCAGGGCAUUUGCGACUUACCUGACAGUGUAGUGUUGAGCCUGGUGGACGAUGUGCUACCCGAACUACCGGCUGCAAACACUGUCUACAGGGCGGUGAAACACUGUCCUGGGUACUCAAAGUGCAAAAUACCUCCUCAUCAUACUCAUGCGGCCGAUGUUGGGGUGAGUUCUGGCAUGCAGUGUUCGGCAUCAUCUGACAAUCCGUUUGACCUGGAGAGGUUUGUGUGUGACAUUCAACCAUGGUUGAACAAAGUUGACGCAGAUGUACUGCGGCGGAUGGUGGUCAAGAAACAUCUCAUAACUGACAGCGCAUCAAUAGAGAGACUAAAGAGAAUUCGGUCCCGGGAUGGAGUAUCUGAUCAUAAUGAGGAGCUCAUCCAGUUGCUCAGAGCUGGUGGCCUAAAGACUUAUCGUGAUCUCGGUGUUGUCAUUGAGGAACUUGGGUAUGUGGACAAGAGCAAGGAAAUGCUCUCCAUUUUGUCCCACACAGAUGCGUUCCUGGACAAUCCGUUCAACCACCCGUCCUUCAUGCCAGACAUUCACGUGUGGCUGCAGAGCAUCCCCGCGGAUGACAUCCGUGAAGCAGCGCAGACGCAAGGUUUGCUCACGGACCACAACAUCGACAAGCUGAUACGCCCAGAUAGGUACCAGAGCAACAGGGAGCAUAACUGUGAGCUGCUUGGCAUCAUCAUGGACAAGGAGAGACAAGGUUACAUCGCGCUGUGCAGGAUGAUCCGAGCCAUCGGUCAGUAUGCGGGACGGCUGGAGCAGAUGAACAGCCUACUAGCGGAGUGCGAUCGUGUCUGAAGGGACGCACGUUUUCGUCAAAUCCGGCUCUAGUCGCAAGACCGUGUUUGCGCCUCAAAGUGGUUACAGCACUUGCGCAAGUGAUACACAAUGUCAAUACAUUUCUAUGUUAUUUUUUUUGCCUCGCCACACAUCCUGAAUGUUUUGUAUAGCAAAUUGUCCUUCUCCCGAAGCCAGUGUCAUGAUUUUCCUGUCACAUGUGACUGCCAUUUCGUUACACAUGACUGGCAGUUUCCUGCUCAAGUGCUGCUCUUUUAUCAUUUGCACGGUCGCAACAUGAGCGCAAUGAUGAAUGUUCUCCGUGGUACCUGGUACUAAAGCUGCCGCACUCGUUUCUCUUAGCACACAUCACAUCCCUGGUGUGUGUGUAAAAUGUGUGUGCGUGUGUGUGUGUGAGUGUGUGUGUGUGUGUGUGCGUGUGAGUGUGUGUGUGUGUGUGUGUGCGUGCGUGUGUGUGUAUGUGUGAGUGUGUGUGUAUGUGUGUGUGAGUGUGUGUGUGUGUGUCUGUCUGUGUGUCUGUGCGUGUGUGCGUGUGUGUGUGUGUGUGUGUGUGUGUGUGUGUGUGUGUGAGUGUGUGUGAGUGUGUGAGUGUGUGUGUGUGUGUGUUUGUGUGUGUGAGUGUGAAUGCAUCUGUGUGAAUGUGUGUUUGUGUGUUUGUGUUGGAGUUUUUGUGUAUAUAUGCAAUGGUGUGCCUAUCCAUACGGUGAAGUAAAGCAAUGUAGAUCUGCUUUAAGCUCUUCCUGUCUGAUGUGUGUGUUCCAGUGUUGUACGCUUUUCGAAUGCUCAUGGCUAUCCUUGUGUAUGCUCGUGCAUACUUUUUAUAUGAUUGUGUAUGCUUGCUAGUUCUCUGCUGCUUCUUGCGCUACAUGACCUUGCCCCGUCUUUGCUUCGCCUAGUCAUGUCGUUGACGAGUUUUUUAGAAGCAUUGCAAUCUUUGCCGACUCAAAGUCCUUCAUGUUUAUCACGGGUUUUUUGCCGCCUGCUGCCUUUUGUAAAUUUGCUCAAUUCACCAGCAAAAUCCUGCUUACUGUUAGUUGGUUCUUCCUCCUCCCCUCCUCCCCUCCUCUCCCCUCCCCCCGCUAGAUUUGCUGCCAUGGUUACAGAGCUGACGGCGCAUUUGCUAUGCAAGGAGGCACUGUUUGUGAGUUUUGCACUUUGUUGGCGCUAGUCUGGGUCAGUUUACUCAGCUCUUCGUUCUUUCCGUAUUUCAACACGUCUAUUUUGAAGAGUGGUUUCCAAGAUCCUGGUACUUACCAGGUCUCUGAUCCAACUUUCUCCGUUGAUGUUGGAGGCCAUGCAUGCAGA